AUGUACGUGUCAUUUUUUCCGACGAGUUUUGCAUUGGCAAAGGAAGCAACGAAACCCAGUGCGCAGCAAGAAAAGAAAAUUUUGAAUGGAUUCAAUGCAAAGAAGUCGAGAUACGUUGUGAAUUAUUCCUACUUAGAAGAGGAUACCGGAACGGAAUAUGUCUAUUUAAUAUUAGACUUAUGCGAAGAAUCAUUGGAGAGUUUUGUGAAAUUUUCUACUUUGCCUGAUCUUGAAAAAGCUCUUCCAGAAAUUCUUACACAAAUUUUAAAAGGAUUAGCUGAUCUUCACAGCGGCCCAAAUCCUAUUCUUCAUCGGGAUUUGAAGCCUUCCAAUGUUCUCCGAGAUUCACAAGGUAAGUUUCUGAUAGCUGAUUUUGGGAUUAGUCGACUAUUAAAGAAUGGUUUGAGGACAUAUGAAAGCAGGGCUAACAGGGGAACUGAGUAUUGGAUUGCACCUGAAUCAUAUUGUGAAGAUGAAGAUACAGUUGAUAAAGGACGUUACAAGAAAGAAAUGCUGGCUUAUUAUGUUGCCACGAAAGGUAAACAUCGUUUUGGAACUAAACGGCAUAUACUGGACAAUAUGUUGAAUGGAAACCCUGUUGGCUUAGAUCAAAUCAAGGAUGAAGCAUUGAAAGACCUUUUGUUCUGGAUGUUAAAUCUACGACCUGAAGACAGACCAUCUGCUAACGAAUCUUUGAAACACCCAUUUCUUAUGUCGGAUGACGAGAAGUUUGACUUUUUAUGUAAAGUUGGAACUUGGAAACCAACAGCCAAUAAAGACGAGCGAGACCGAGUCAAGUGCCAACAUUGGUACGAUCGACCACGGCCAAGACCACAAACAUUUUAUAAGAUUGGCGAUCACAAGGCAUUUUUUAUCAAGAAAUUCCCCAAUCUCCCUGUUUGGGUGCAUGCUGCUGUGAGGUCAAAUGAAGAAUUUAAAAACAAUACAGAACUCAAGUACUUCUUUAAUGAAAGCGAACCACGUGAAUGA